AUGAACAUGUUAGAUAGGGCUUCGUUCGUAAAUGAACUGAUUGAUCUAGAGAAAGCUUUCGAUUCCGUUUAUUGGGGAUACUGGUUGAAUUUAUUGCAACACAUAAAGUUUGGCUCUAAGUGGAUUAGAUGGAUUCAAAAUUGUAUUUGUAACAAUUCAGGCUCCAUUCUGAUCAAUGGUAGUCCUUCUAAAGAUUUUAUAACUGAGAGGAGGUUCCGUCAAGGGGAUUUGUUAUCGCCUUUCCUUUUCUUGAUUUCGGAAGAAGGUAUCGUCGGGCUGAUGAGAAAUGCCAGGUCAUUCUUAAGUUUCUCUCCUUUUUUAGUGGAUGCAGCUUUAGGUUAUGACUUGGUUCAAUAUGCGGAUGAUAUGAUCAUCAUGGGAAAGACUUGUUGGGAUAAUAUUUGGGCUAUUAAGCCGGUUCUCUGUGGUUUUGGAUUGGUAUCGGGUUUGCGUAUUAGUUUCAGCAAGAGUAAGAUAACUGGUUGUCAUGUAAAUCAAGAUUUUCUGUAG